AUGUCCCGUAACGAUGCUUCUGGUUUUAGCCAGAGCUAUAAGUUAGUAGUGGUCGGUGGGGGAGGUGUUGGUAAAAGCGCUUUGACCAUUCAGUUUAUUCAGUCAUAUUUUGUAACAGAUUAUGACCCAACUAUAGAAGAUUCAUACACUAAACAAUGUGUUAUUGAUGAAGUUGUUGCCAGAUUAGAUAUAUUAGAUACAGCAGGACAAGAAGAGUUUAGUGCUAUGAGAGAACAGUAUAUGAGAUCUGGAGAAGGUUUUUUAUUAGUUUAUUCUGUUACUGACAGAAGCAGCUUUGAAGAAAUAUUUAAGUUCCAUAAACAGAUAUUACGAGUGAAAGAUAGAGAUGAAUUUCCUAUGAUUUUAGCUGCAAAUAAAUCAGAUUUGGAUUCUGCUAGAGUGGUAACACGAGAAGAAGGAGAGGAAUUAGCUAGAAGUUUAAAGAUUAGUUAUAUUGAAGCUAGUGCCAAAAUACGAUCCAAUGUUGAUCAAGCAUUUUAUGAAUUAGUAAGGAUAAUCAGAAAAUUCCAAGCAGAUGAAAGACCACCAGCAAAAGAAUCUAAAAAGAAAAGUAAAAAAUGUUUGAUACUGUGA